UAAGGUCCCUGUAUGGAAGGCUUCUUUAUUUUCAAAACUUUUUCUUCUCAGCAAUUUUUGUUUAGUUUCAAGGUUGAAAUGACCACAUUAAUCUCUCGUCGCUUCUGCCAUCAACCGAGUGGCAUAAAGAAUGUUGCCGUAUUUGGCGGGGGUCUUAUGGGAUCCGGAAUCGCACAAGUUGCUGCUCAGUCAGGCUUCAAUGUGACGUUAGUGGAUCAGCAAAAGAAGGUUUUGGAAGAUGCUCAGAAGCGGAUAAGACAAAGUCUAGAAAAGGUAGCGAAGAAGCAAGAUAAAGUUGAGCAAUCAGAGUUUGUAGAUUCCAUAAUUUCUAGAAUAGAUACAGAGCAGUUUGAUGCGAACAAGUCGUCAACUUUCGCAGUUAGACCCGAAACUGAUCUAAUCAUAGAAGCAAUUGUCGAAAAUAUGGACGCGAAACACAAACUAUUCAGUGUUUUAGAUGCAUCGGCGUCUGAGAAAACGAUUUUUGCCACAAAUACAUCAUCGCUUCCCGUAGUAGAAAUUUUCAAGCACGUUAAAAGACAAAGCUUAGUUGGUGGGUUGCAUUAUUUUAACCCUGUUCCAAUGAUGAAGCUUUUGGAGGUGGUGAAAGCUGAAUCAACUAGUGAGGAGACAUUUGAGAAGCUCUGCAAUUUUGGAACUGAGAUGAACAAGACAGUUGUGAAAUGCAAAGAUACGCCCGGGUUCAUUGUAAACAGAUUGCUUGUCCCCUACUUAGCAGAAGCGGUCAGAAUGCUUGAAAGAGGCGAUGCAGAAAUGAAAGACAUCGACACGGCUAUGAAGCUAGGAGCAGGCUACCCAAUGGGUCCAUUCGAAUUGUUGGACUAUGUCGGACUUGAUACUUGUGUUGCCGUUUUGCAGGGAUGGAGUGAAAGUUAUCCAGACAACCCUAGCUUCAGAGUUCCUGAUACUAUGAAGAAAUUAGCGACCGAGGGUAAAUUAGGCCGCAAAAGAAAAGUGGAGAAGGAUUUUAUAGUUACUCAAAGUAAUGUCAUGGAGCUGCGAUAUCAUCUUGAUGGAUUUAAUCCUCUGGUCAAUUAUGUGCAGCACUCAAUUUAGACACUCAACAAUGGAUCUUUUAACCAAGCCAAAAUUUUUUAGAAAUAUUAUUCCAUAGCAGUUGAACUGUUUUUAAAAUAAGAAUUUGAAUUUGAAUGUUUAAUCUGAUGGUAAUUAUUGCGCCGGUUUGGUAGACCUCUGUUUUGAUUGGAGGAGCUAUUAGUAUCAUCACUGAUCUUUUUCUCCUCAAAUGUAUCUUCUGAAAUAAUUUAAUGAUUCCCUCAUGGCUUAA